CGUAAUUAGAGAGCAACAGCUGGAGAUGACCGAGCUUCGGCUGUAAACUCAUAUCGCCUCCAGUCAUCUUUAAGCAGCAUGGAUGAGUCCGAGGCGUACAGUUCAGAGGACGAGGACAUCUCUCUGACCGGAAGUGACUUUGAGUUCCAGCUGACAACCUCUAAGAGAAAACUCAACUCAACUCAGGGAGCAGCAUCUCCUAAGAGGGUUCGUCAUCCGUCAGUCAGCGGCUCCAGCCAAUCACAGACACCGGAGGAGUCUCAGGGCCUCGGGCCGCGCAGCGCUCAGACGGACGGCCGUGCCACUGCCUGUCAUCUGUAUGAAGCUGUGCGGUCCGGCCGCAGCGCACUGCUGACGGUGAUAGAUGAUUGGCUGGAGGAGUACAGAAGAGACAGAGAGGCGGGAAUUCUGGAGCUCAUCAACUUUGUGGUUCAGUGCAGCGGUUGUAAAGGUGUCGUCACCAGAGAGAUGUUCAGCCGCCUGCAGAACGCUGAUAUAAUUAGUCAGCUGACUACAGAGUUUAACGAGGUGAGGGGAAUCAACACAUCACAUUUCUGUUUUUGA